AUGUCUAUCGACGAAUUUUCUAAACAAGACGCGUAUAUCAACGGUCUUGACGGCGACAAAGACCUUGGGGUGGCUCAAGAUACCCUCGAAGUCUCACAAGAGGACCCCCUUGCAUCCCGCGACCUUGCCAACGAUCCCCAUCGUGGUCUUCGAAUGCGGCAUGUCCAGCUGCUUUCAAUCUCAGGAGCCGUCGGUUCAGGCCUUUUCGUUUCUAUCGGUUCGCCGUUGACUGCUGCUGGACCACUGGGGUUACUGAUUGGUAUCGUUGUUUGGUCCACUGUUAUAUUUGGUGCAAGCAACUGUCUUAUCGAGAUGACUACGCUCUUACCUCUUGAUGGAGGAUUUAUCACCUUCGCCGGAAGAUUUCUUGACGAAACUAUGGGAAAAGCGAUUGGUUGGAACUUUCUGCUUGCUCAAGCCUCCCUCGUUUGCUUUGAGCUCACCGCACUGAAUGUUAUGCUGGAGUAUUGGACAUUGACUCUUCAUCCGGCCAUUGCCAUCGCCGUAGGUAUCUCUCUGUUUGCGGCGCUACAACUUUAUUCAGUCCGAUGGUUCGGAGAGGUCGAAUUCUGGAUUAGUAUUACCAAAAUCAUUCUUCAGAUUGGUCUCACAUUAUACACUCUCAUCGCUAUGUGUGGUGGAAACCCCCUGCAUGAUAAGUUCGGAUUUAGAGCCUGGAAGAAUCCAGGACCGCUCGUUGGCGAGACUGGAGCCUUGAGACUUAAAGGAAUCUGGGACGCUGUGUUGUGGGCAGUCUUUGCUCUCGGUGGUCCGGAUUGGAUCUCUCUCAUUGGUGGUGAAGUGAAAAGCCCACGUAAAAUUCUGCCGAAAGCCUUCAAUACCACAAUCUAUCGUAUCAUCUUCUUCUCUGUCCUCGGAGGGCUCUGUGUUGGUAUCAAUGCACCAUCAGACGAUCCUGCUCUUCUUGGGGCUAUUGCUCGUGGCGCCCCCGGUGCGGCGAAAUCCCCAUACAUCAUCUCAAUGAACAGGCUCGGCAUCCCCGUUCUUCCCGACAUUGUAAAUGCUUUGGUCAUGAUCUCAAUAUUUUCGACUGGUAACGCAGCUGUCUUCUGCAGCAGUAGAGGUCUGUAUACCUUGGCUCUCAAAGGAGGAGCACCCAGUGUCUUCAAACGACUCAAUAAGAACGGUGUUCCAUAUGUGGCUGUGACUGCCAUCUUAUUGUUCAGUUGUUUGGCGUUCUUAUCAGUCGGUUCUGGCUCUGUUGUUGUGCUUAAUUGGUUCCUCUCCUUGGUAGGCGCCGCGAACCUUGUCAACUGGACAUCCAUUGCUGUCACAUACAUGCGAUUCCGGUCAGGUUUGAAGUCUCAAGGAUUACUCAACAACGAGUUCCUCCCAGUACGAGCUUAUCUGCAGCCUUUCUCGAGCUGGUGGGUAGCCAUCUGUGCACCCAUCGCUUUCAUCUGCAGUGGCUAUGCUUUGAUGUUACCUGGCGCUUUCGCCGGCGACAGCUUCGUUUUCACCUAUGGAGCUGUUUUCAUCUUUGCAGGUUUCAUCCUCUACUUCAAGGCAUACGAGGUCAUUGUUCAAAAGAAGAAGUUGUCUAUGUUCAUUCCGGCAAGAGAGAUCGACUUCCAUACCGACUUGGAAUACAUUGAAGCUGUGACAGCCGCUAGCGAAGCUCAAGAAGCUACUCAAGCGAAGUCCAAGGGAAGCAAGAUCUCGGACUUCUUCUUUUAA